AUGGCGGCUGGAGCGAUACCGGACACCAUGCUAGCAUGGCAAAAACACUUUGGCAGCGUGCUACCGAAACGAGUCAGUGUUAAAGUUCCGUCGGCGCCCACCGACGGACUCUUGGUAAAGGUAUAUGCAGCUGGAGUCUGCCACAGCGAUGUCUAUUUAUUGAGCGUGGAAGAGAAGCCGCCUUUUUACUUGGACAAGUACACUCUCGGCCAUGAGGGAUGCGGCGAGGUGGUCUCCGUCGGACCCGCCGUCACCAAGUUCAGGCCGGGGGACAUGAUAUCGAUCCUGUCAGUGCCUGGAUGUGGAGGCGAGUCAUGCCCAGACUGCUCGAGGGGCGUGCCUCAGAUUUGCCCAUUGGGGGAACACUACGGCAUAGGGCAUAAUGGGUCCUUUGCACCCUAUGUUGCCAUUCAUGAGAGAGCGGCGGUCAAGCUACCCACGGGCGUCAGCUAUGCCGCUGGUGCGGUGGCCACGGAUGCGGUCUUGACUGCGUAUCAAGCGGUGGUUGGGAGAGGGAAAGUCAAGAAAGGCGACACGGUCCUGCUAUUUGGAUUGGGCGGCCUGGGAUUCAACGCGUUACAGAUCAUGCUCAGCAUCGGGGCGAGGGUGAUUGUCGUGGACCAACGGCAGGAGGUGCUCGACAACGCCAUCAAGUUCGGCGUCAACCCGGAGGACGUUGUGCCCGUGGGAACGGCGGACGUGGCGGAAUGGAUCAACGGUAAGGAGCUGCUCGUCGACACAGCAAUAGACUUUGUGGGGGUGUCAGAAACCUUCAACGCAGCUCUGGAAUCAGUGCGACGGGCUGGCACGGUCGUCCUCGUGGGCUUGAUCAAUCCCAGCAUGUCUUUCAAUUCCUUCGUGCCGAUCACGAAGCGACUGGACAUUUUGGGAAGUUAUGGAGGGACUUCUGCAGACCUGGAGGCCAGUCUGGAUCUCAUCGCAAAGGGCGUCAUUACGCCGCAGGUUGAGACGGGGGAGAUGAAAGACUUCCCCAAGAUCCUGGAUGAUUUGCACCACGGGAAGAUCAAGAGCAGGAUUGUUCUUGUGCCAGAAGGGAUGUGA